UUAAAAUCUCAGCCUGCGGCAUUCCGCCACAAACACACAUAUCAUUCAGAUCUACAGACUCUUUUCCAACUGUUCUUUUCUUCUGCGAUGGCUGCCUCUGAUGACUUCGUUCUAUUGUUUGUUCUCAUUUUUCUUGUUUCUGGCUCAGUUUCUCAGAACCCCAUCUUGCCGAAAGCUGGAAUUAUUCCGGUUACAAAAGAUUUCUCGACUCUUCAAUAUGUUGCUGAUGUUUUAGUGGGUGAAAAUCUUGCGCCUGUCAAGCUUGUGGUGGAUCUUAAUGGCCCUUUUGUUUGGGUUGACUGUGAGGUCCACUCUGUUUCUGCAUCUCAGCAGCCCGUCGAGAGUUGUUCUCUUAAGUGUUCAAUGGCGAAGCCCAUUAGUGGUUGCUCCAGGCCUGGUGGUGGGGCGGUGCACGACUCCAAGAUUUGUACUUUACAAGCGGAAAAUACUAUUGCAAGAAUGUCUACAUCUGUAGAGUUGAAGGAAGACAGGAUGGCUAUUGAAUUCUGGGAUGGGACGGGUUCAGGUUCAUUUGCCAGAAGUGAGAAGUUCUUGUUCUCAUGUGCGCCAAAUUUGUUGCUGAAAGGGUUAGCUAAUGGUGCCAAAGGCAUGUUAGGGCUGGGGAAUUCAAGAAUUUCAUUUCCAUCACAAUUUUCCAGCACAUUUGGCUUCUUCCAGAGGAAAUUCUCCUUGUGUUUGUCCCCAUCGGAUGGUGCAGUUUUCCUAGGUGGGAACCCUUUAGGGAGUGAGGUCUCAAGUUCAAUGAUGUACACUCCCCUCAUUUCCAAGAAAGACGGUUUACAAGAAGGAUAUUACAUGAAUGUGAAGUCCAUCAAGAUUUCUGGUAAGAAAUUGUCUUUGCAUCACUUAGGGCUUCUCAGCACGAAAAUAAGUACUGUUGUUCCUUACACCACCAUGGAGAGCAAGAUUUAUGGCACAUUUGUUGAGGCUUAUGUCAAAGCUGCUACUUCAAUGAACUUGACUUUAGUGACACCUGUGGCUCCAUUUGAAAUCUGUUUCAGUUCCAAAGGAGUGGAAAACCAAAGAAUUGGCCCAAAUGUGCCCAUUAUUGAUCUUAUUUUGCAGAGUGAGAUGGUGAAGUGGAGGAUUUAUGGCAGGAAUUCAAUGGUUCCUGUUAGUGAUGAAGUCAUGUGUUUGGCAUUCUUGGAUGGAGGUUUGAGUCCAAAGGACUCCAUUGUUAUUGGAGGCUAUCAGAUAGAGGAUUAUCUUUUGGAAUUUAACUUGGGAAAUUCCAUGCUUGGAUUUUCUUCAUCAUUGUUAAUGGGGCAGAAAGGCUGCUCCGACUUUGAAGCAUCUGUUAUGUCCAGGGAGAUUUUCUAAUUUAGUGAGCAGAAAGCAAAUUUAGGUUAGUUCCCACUUUAUACAGUUGUGGGAUUGUAAUUCUCAUCUUUUGAUGCUUGUAAGCAUGUAAAAAGAGUUGCAUAGGUUAGUUCUCUAGCUAUCUUGAGAAUUAUUGAGCAGUGUUCAGGAGAAUGUUUUCAGUUUGUUCAAGUUCUCCUCACUUUAAACCUCUGUCGUAUCACACAUAGGUAAAUUCACAUGAAACAGGCUCAAAGGCAGAGGUUGUAUGUAGUUCUAUAUUGUUCCAACUGUUGCAAACUAAGAUGACAUGUAAUUUCCUGGAAUUCUUGUUCUGUUUCUGCGACACAAGCAUCGUGAUUACUUGAAUUUCAUUUGA